UCGGCUAUAAACAGGUAUAUAAGCCCCCGUUGCCCCCGUCUCUGACUCAUGUCACCAAUUUCCGCAAACCUCUUCUCUCUCUUCGAAGAAGUAGAAAAAUCUUCCGUUUUGCUGCGCUUGUUCCCCCACGGAGUUCUCCACCCUGUACUGUACAUCCUGGUUUUGGUAUUGCGAGUUUUCGUGGAGCAGGAAGAAGUAAUUCAGGGCUAAAUUCUUCAUCGGGAAAAUCGGACAUGGAUACUGAGAGGCAAGGUCCCAAGACGACAUUAAAAGAAUGGUGCAAACUGUACCUCUUCCAUUGGAAUGUGGCGUUUUUAGUGGUCUGCGUAGUUGCAAUAGCAGUGGACCCUAUCUUCUUUUAUCUUCCUGUUAUCAAGGAGGCUACCAAAUGCAUUGCUAUAGAUACCACUUUGAAAAUCAUUGGUAUUUGUGUGCGAUCGUUCCUGGAUUUGAUUGCUAUUGGGGAUCUGGUUGCAAGAAAAAUGAAGACUCGAGAGUACUACGUAAUUAGCAUUCUCAGCAUUCUUCCAGUUCCGCAGGUUAUAGUGCCAAUUAUAUUUUCAGACAUGAGAGAUUAUAAAUCCCGGCACGGAAGGAAAGUCUUAAAUGCAGUUGUUCUUUUGCAAUAUGUGCCAAGACUUUUCCGUAUCUACAGAUUGUGGAAAAUAGUCAAAGGUAGUAUCAAUGAAACACUCAAAGGUAGUACCAAUGAAGUGAAUGCAGAAGGCAACAGGAAUAUGAAACCAAUUAUAGUGAUGAAAGCUGGAUUCAACCUUUUACUGUAUCUCGUUGCCAGUAACGUACUGGGUGCUUUUUGGUACUUCGUCUCCAUUCAACGAGAGACCACGUGCUGGCAGUUGGCCUGCAAGAAUGAUAUUGAAUGUAGCAAGACUAGUCCUUCUUUUAACUGUGGUGAUGGUUUUGGAAAUUACACGUUUUUAAAUGAUUCUUGCUCUGUAGAAACACCAAAAACCACUCUCUUUGAUUUUGGAAUAUUCCAAGAAGCCCGUCAAUCUGGUAUAUUGGCGUCCAAGGACUUUUUCCAGAAGACCAUGUAUUGUUUUUGGUGGGGCCUGCGAAAUUUGAGUUCACUUGGUCAAAACCUUGAAACAAGUUCUGAUUACUGGGAAAACUGCUUCACAGUUUUAAUCUCGAUCUUUGGCCUGCUUCUGUUUUUAUUCUUUAUCGGAAAUUUGCAGGUGUACAUGCAGUGGGAGGCAGAAAAAGAAAUGAAGGAUAUAUAUGGGGAUCAGAAUGAUGAGAUAUCUAAGCAGAUAUCUAAAGAGCAUGAUGAGAUAUCCAAGCUGUUGGAGGUGAUAUAUAAAGAGCAUGAUCAGAUAUCUAAGCUGUUGGAGAUAAGGCCGCUGCCGCCGGUAGCCCCCCAAGUAAUUUAGAUUACAGUAUCACUUAAUAAUUAAUCUAGUAUUAUCAGAUACUCUUGCUAUUUAACGAAAGACAAUAUAUAAUUUGUUUAAGCAUAUUACGUUGGAUGUUGUAUUUUAUAUUUUGCUCAUUAUCCAAUUAUAAUUGCUCAUAUAGAUGGAACAUAUAUAUAUAUAUAGCACAAUAGUCGGAUCUUGAUGGUGGAUAA